AUGUCGACUUUGCGCGGAAAGCAGCACGACAAUGACGAUGACGGCAGCAGCGGCGGCGGCGGCGGCGGCGGCGACAUGGCCCAAGAGGCAGCAUCAGAGAGGUUGUGGCCCAACAACAAGCUUGUCCCUUGUCCAUCCUGCGCCAAGUCCAUCUGUGCGAGCGAGGUCAAUGAGCACUUGGACACGUGUCUCUCCUUUGAGGCGGCCCACCCGAUCACGAGCGCCAGCGCCAGCACGAGCGCGAGCACGAGCACGAGCGCCAGCACGAGCGCCAGCACCUCUGCCAAGACGUCGCAAGAUGUGUUCAGGAGGAUGAUGUCCUCGCAAUCGACCGCGCACCCGCACCCGCACCCGCAGCAUUGCACCACCACCACCACCACCACACCAUCGCGCAGAUCAUCAGCCAUCGCUUCCUUGGCGCAUACAGACGCUUCCGCCACUGCGAAACGUCCAAGGCUCGACUCGACGCAGCACCCGCACGCGGAUUCCGCAUCGAGUGUGGAGCAGGAGCAGCAGGAGCAGGAGCAGGAGCAGCAAAGAGAGGCUUGCGUCGCCGCGCCGGUGCGGCAGAGGAGCAAGACGAGAGAGGAUGCGGAUACGAGACCUUUGGCAGAGAAGCUCAGACCUGCGUCGUUGGAUGAUUUCCUGGUGAGUGCGCCACGACGACGACGAGGACGACGACGAGGACGAGGACAAGACAAGACAAGACAAUGCAUGCGCAUGCGCAUGCGCAUGCGCAGCCGAAUUUUGACUCCUUUCUUCUGCUUUUCCUAUCGCUUCGCCCGCCUCGCGUAGGGACAAGGAACGCUGCUGCAUACGCUCAAGUCGUUGCAUGCAGCAGGCAAGGUACCCUCUUGCAUCCUGUGGGGUCCACCAGGCAGCGGCAAGACGACGCUAGCUCGCAUCCUGUCCAAGUCUAGCUCGCAGCAGCAGCAACAGCAGCGCAAGAAUAGACUGGUAGAGAUCAGCGCUACGAAUACGGGUGCGGUGGAGCUGAAGAGGAUAUUGGAAGAGGCUUUGUCCAGGUUGAAAUUGAUGGGGCAAAGGACGCUGGUGUUUGUAGACGAGGUGAGGCAGGCGCGGAUGCGUGCAGCGAGGAGCAAGGAGCAAGGAGCGAGGAAUGAGAUGCUGACCCGACGCUUCUGAGCUUGCUUCAAGAUUCAAAGAUGGUCCAGAGCGGUGCAGGAUGUGCUGCUGCCGUCGGUUGAAAAGGGGUGAGUGGGGUGGGACAUGGCGCAUGGGGCAUGCUCGAACAGAUGGGCAAAUUGACGCACAUGGCCUCCCACACCUCUCCCCACCACCCAACACUACACUUCUAGCGACAUUAUUCUGCUCGCGGCGACGACGGAAAAUCCGUCGUUUAGGCUUCAAGCGGCGCUGCUCAGCAGGUUGCGCGUGUUUGUGCUGGAGAGGAUGACGGUGGAGCAUACGCGCGCGCUGCUUCGCAAGGCUAGAGAGAGGGUCGUCUCUGCGAGCGGCGAUGACCAUGCGAUGCCGCUCGGCGCGCGGGACGAGAUGCUGGAUUGGAUCGCUGUAAUGGCGGACGGAGACGCUAGGUGAGGGGCAAGGUGGGCGCUGUGAGGAGGAUCUGAGCAUUCAGGCUGAGGUGACGCAUCAUCCACAGAACCGCUCUCAAUUCGCUCGAAUUGGCGUUAUUGAUGUCGAGUCAAGACUCGCCCACAGACAUGGACUCGCUCAAAACUUUGCUGAGGCGAAGCGCCAUGCAGUAUGAUCGGACCGGCGACGAUCACUACGAUUUGAUUUCUGCUCUGCACAAGAGUAUACGCGGCAGCGACGUCGACGCGAGCGUCUUUUGGCUCGUCUCGAUGAUUGAGCGGGGCGAGGUGAGCGGGUGCAUGUGGACACGCCAACGCUUCAACCUGCUGCUCACAUCACUGCACCGCACCACGCCCCCUUCAGGACCCGCUGUUUAUCGCUCGUCGAAUGAUCGUCGCGGCAUCGGAAGACGUCAAUACACCCGAGGCUCUCAAUAUCGCACUCAACACGUAUCAAGCCUGUCAGCUUGUUGGAUAUCCCGAAUGUGCAGAGAACCUCGCUCAGGCCGUCGUCUUUCUCGCCGAGAGCGAAAAGAGCACGAGGGCGUAUAGAGCGCUGCAAAAGGCCAGAACGCUGGUCAGACAGGGCACCAAUGUGAGUGCGGCGGGCGGCACAACGCACGCGCGAGCGCCACGCAGCAAGCCAUGCUCAUAGCGCCACUCGCGCCGCCUCCGUCAGUAUCCGGUGCCUGUGCACAUCCGAAACGCUCCCACCAAGCUCAUGAGGUCGCUCGACUACGCCAAGGUGGGUGGAGAGUGUUUGCGUAGAUGGUGGAUUUUGCCCUAGAAAGUGUUUGCGCGACUUUUGUGCCUCAUAAUGCUCUCCUCCCUUCCGACAGGACUAUCGCUACGAACCCUCUUUUGCGCAUCCUGUCCACCAAGAAUACUUUCCAUCCCAGCUCAAAGGCACUCGACUCGUCUCUCCGCCGCCAGGAAGAGCGCCCGAUGCGCCCUUGUCAGCAAAAGGCGAGCAGUCGACAAGUACGAAGCUCGCAGCUGUUUCGCCCGCCAAACAAUGGACCGGCGCCCAUGCUGUGAGCGCGAACGAAGGGGUUGCGCAAUCGCUUCGCUUGGCCACCUCAGAUGCGCAAGGACCAGGAUCUUGUCAGCGAGUCUGGAAGAUUGGAGCAAGGGCAGUGGAUUUGGACCUGCUGGACGAGUGGGAAAGGGAGCGAAACGGUGGCAUGCGAUGGCAUGGCAGAGAUGCGCUCGAAAAGAGUCUCGGUGUCGAGCGCGAUGAUAGCAAAGAGGCAAAAGAAGAUCCGCCGCGGGACUCUCGAGCUGCAAACGAUUCCGCGGACGUCGCAACCCCGCGACGCACAGCGGGCAGGUUCAGACCGAGCGCUCAGCAAUGGGAUCCGUCGGUGAUGCUGCAGGACCCUGCUGCGAGCGGCGUCGCGCGACCCGCGUACGCCAUCAUUCUCCUCAAUGCGCCCAUACACGCGGAUCAUCGUCGGACCUUUGAACGGCUCUGGAAUGGCGGUGAGUUGGGCGCGCGCGCGCGUGCGUCGCGCGCAGAUCAUCGCAAAGUUUGCGUGAGCUGACGAUGGCUCAUCGCACAGCGAAUUAUCGGGUCUGCGCGGAUGGAGGUGCGAAUAGAUUGCACGAAGCCUAUCGAAGCGGUGGCGAAUCGGGCGAGACGGUCUUGGAUCCUCAUGCGAUCCUGGGCGACUUGGACUCUCUGCACGCGCACGUGCGAGACUACUUUUCGUCCCUGGGCGUGGCGAUCCAUCAUCGAGCUUCGCAAUACGCGACGGAUCUUCAAAAGUGCAUUCAGCACAUUGAGGAUGUGGAAGCGCAGUCUCGCAGCAAUGCCGGCGUACCAGGUACGACGAGCGAGGGGGAGAUGCAGCUGGUCAUCUUUGGCGGAUUGUCGGGUCGUUUGGAUCAGACUUUGCACACCAUCCACACGCUAUGGCUCUUGGCGCCGGGUGUGAGUAAUGGGAGGGGCGUGGAGGAUCCGGAUGGUGGGGAAAGCGAUGAUGCCGAAAGAAGACGAGGAGGUGGCUUGAAGAAGCGCAAAAGGACAUUUGUCGUGAGCGAGAAUAGCGUUGCUUGGGUCUUGCCGCAGGUGAGUGGGCGUGGCGUGGCGUGCUGCCACCUCAAACGCCGGUCGCACGACUCGCAACUCAUGCUCGCCCUCUUCACCUCGCCACGUUCAGGGCGAACAUGAGCUGCACCUGUCACCCACAAUCUUGGGCAAGACGUGCGGCAUGCUGCCCAUCGGUGCUGGCCCUGUAGGCGUACGCAUCCAGACGGAAGGGCUGGAAUGGGAUCUAGGUGCGUGUCCCAGUCGUCCGUCCUCUGUGCGCACCAGGGCGUCUCUCUUGCUCAACUUCGAUCGCAACUCGUUGCGCGGCGCUGCAUUUUCCCCCCGUACCGUAGAUGGAUCACAGAGGAGCUCGAUCGGCGGCUUUCUCUCCACCUCCAAUCAUGUGGCGCGAGCGCGGGUGAAGGUGCAGACGGAUGGAGAGUUCUGUUGGACCGUCGAGCUUCGUAAGGAUUUGGAGCGGGUGUGA